CUAUAUCCCAGGACCCCAGGAUCAUGGUCUGAGCCAAAGGCAGAGCUCAACCGCUGAGCCACUCAGGCACCCCAAGAGUUAAAUAUACUCUUGCUGGACAGUUAACUCCUGAGAAAGAACUGCUUACAGGUUUCAUCCUUACAAGGUGAAAGGAAAGAUGUUGUCCCGGUUAAGAAUAGUUGCUGUUCCUUCCACCCUGGCAUGUCGUCACAUACACAUAAAAGAGAAAGGCAAGCCGCUCAUGCUAAACCCAAGAACAAACAAGGGAAUGGCAUUUACAUUACAAGAGCGACAAAUGCUUGGUCUUCAAGGACUUCUACCUCCCAAAAUAGAGACACAGGAUAUUCAAGCUUUACGAUUUCAUAAAAACGUGAAAAAAAUGAAUGGCCCUUUGGAAAAGUACAUCUAUAUAAUGGGAAUACAAGAAAGAAAUGAAAAGCUGUUUUAUAGAAUUCUGCAAGAUGAUAUCGAAAGUCUGAUGCCGAUUGUGUACACGCCAACAGUGGGUCUUGCCUGUUCCCAGUAUGGACACAUCUUUAGAAGACCUAAGGGAUUAUUUAUUUCAAUCUCAGACAGAGGUCAUGUUAGAUCAAUUGUGGAUAACUGGCCAGAAAAUCAUGUUAAGGCUGUUGUGGUGACUGAUGGAGAGAGAAUUCUGGGUCUCGGAGAUCUGGGUGUCUAUGGAAUGGGAAUCCCAGUAGGAAAACUUUGUUUGUAUACAGCUUGUGCAGGAAUACGGCCUGAUAGAUGCCUGCCUGUGUGUAUUGAUGUAGGAACGGAUAAUCCAGCACUCUUAAAAGAUCCAUUUUACAUGGGCUUAUAUCAGAAAAGAGAUCGAUCACAACGUUAUGAUGACCUGAUUGAUGAGUUUAUGAAAGCCAUUACUGACAGAUAUGGACAGAACACACUUAUUCAGUUUGAAGACUUUGGAAAUCAUAAUGCAUUCAGGUUCUUGAGAAAAUAUCGAGAAAAGUAUUGCACCUUCAAUGAUGAUAUUCAAGGAACAGCUGCAGUAGCUCUAGCAGGUCUUCUUGCAGCACAAAAAGUUAUUGGUAAAUCAUUCUCAGAACACAAAAUCUUAUUCCUUGGAGCAGGAGAGGCUGCUCUUGGAAUUGCAAAUCUCAUAGUUAUGGCUAUGGUAGAAAAUGGCCUCUCAGAAGAAGAGGCACAAAAGAAAAUUUGGAUGGUUGACAAGUUUGGUUUAUUAUUUAAGGGGCGGAAAGCUAAAAUAGAGAAUCAUCAGGAACCAUUUGCUCAUUCAGCCCCAGGGAUCAUACCUGAUACUUUUGAAGAUGCAGUCAAUAUACUCAGGCCUUCAGCUAUAAUUGGAGUUGCAGGAGCCGGCCGACUAUUCACUCCCGGUGUAAUCAAAGCCAUGGCUGAUAUCAAUGAAAGACCUGUAAUAUUUGCAUUAAGCAAUCCUACAGCGAUGGCUGAGUGCACUGCUGAGGAAGCGUAUACACUUACAGAGGGAAGAUGUUUGUUUGCCAGUGGCAGUCCAUUUGAGCCAGUGAAACUCAGUGAUGGGCAGCUCUUUACACCAGGCCAAGGAAACAAUGUGUAUAUUUUUCCAGGCGUGGCUUUAGCUGUUAUUCUCUGUAACACCCGGCAUAUUAGUGACCAUGUUUUCCUAGAAGCUGCAAAGGCACUGGCAAAUCAAUUGACAGAUAAAGAGCUAGCUCAAGGGAGACUUUACCCACCACUUGCUGAUAUUCAGGAAGUUUCUAUUAACAUUGCUAUUAAAGUCACAGAGUACCUGUAUGCUAACAAAAUGGCUUUCCGGUACCCGGAACCUGAGGACAAGGCCAAAUACAUUAGAGAAAGAAUAUGGCGAAGUGAAUAUGAUUCCCUGCUGCCGGAUGUGUAUGACUGGCCCGAGUCUGCGUUAAGCCCUCCCCUGAUAACGGAAUAGAAGCACGUCCACUGAAAAAUACUUUCCAGGCUUCAGGGAACCCUUUUUUUUUUUUUCCCAAACAAAAAGAGAUAAUGUUCUCGAAUUGAUGGUUUUUUCCUGUGUACUCCCCUACUGCUUUGCUUGACUUUUUUUUUUUUUUCAUGAUGUAUUGGCCACGUUGUUAAUCCCCACCAGAAUCUGCAAUCAAACAGCCGUAUUGCUUUCAUUCUGAUUUAUAGCUCACACCACAUCAAAGAGAUGUUACAAAUGUAUUUGUAAAUGUCUUCACUUGUGAUUCUGUUCAUGCUUGCCAAAGUAUUUGCUACUUACUGUUAUUAGUAAUAAUCUUCUCUCCCCAGCUCUUUGAGGGCUACUAAAAUAGAAAUUUACUUCUGUGGAUAGGAGUAUAGAAUUUUAAGCCAAAUUUAAAAGUUCUUUUAUUUCUGCCUCAUUUUAUUUUCAUGCUCUGAAAUUCCUUUCCAGUUGAUAAAUCUAAAGAAAUGUGGAAAAAUCUACCCUAUUACUUAUUUUCUGGACCUAAAUUGAGGCUUAACUACAACACCAUGAGAGAAAAAUGGGAAGUACUGCUGGCUUUAGAUAAAUAAAGUGGUCAUUAUUUUCAACAGUGUAUAAAAAUCAUAGUGUAACUUUUUUAUUUAAUAAAGAUAUUAUCUUAAA